UUGGGGGUGAACUUAGUCCAUGUCUCUUUGCCGAAGGAGGUGUUUUUAGGUGUUUGUAGCAGGUGACCAUAAGCAAGAACUGAACAGAUAAGUGGUGGGAAAUGAGUGAUGAAAUGAAAUCAGCUUUAAUCAAACAUCCCGUAUCGCACUUGCUUUUAAAAAUUCAAUAGGAGGUAGCUGACUCACUCAGUAAAAUUGCAUUUUAAAUACAGAUUACUUUUAUUUUACGUUCGUCUUUUUCUUUGUUACUGUCUUUAGUAAACUAUUUAGGAAGGUCAGUUGUCUUUUUUAGUGCAGGAUAUUUCCCUGACAUGAGGAACGGACCAGCAUUUCCAAAUCCUUUUGGGAAACGUGUAAUUGAAAUGUUGCUGAAAGGACCUGGCCGUUCUCUUUUGAAAAUGCUUCAGAAUUAAAGAAGAAAACAAUUUCCCUGCCCGCUGGAUUUAUUCUUACAAGUGGAAUUGGAAGCCGUCUGGCAAUCACCCCCGAAUAUUGCUUUAGUGAAGGGAGGAUUUUCAGACUCCACUCAGUGCUGGGAGAUACUUUGAGGGCAAAGUAAAAGCCCCCCCUGGGAGCAGCGCUCUGCUGCUGCCGCCGCUCAGAUGCCACAGCAUUAGGCGACGAAGAAAAGAGAUGAGUUUGGAGCUGAUGUACACGCCGGAGCAGCAGUAAAAAGAGAUAAGAUAUCGACACGCUCAGCUGCCUCUUGUUAAAAGCUUCCUGCGGGUUGGCAGAAUGAAAUCUUUAUUUAAAAUACACAAACUAUCGUCAGGGGAGGCACGGCAAACACUAAAAGGGCCAAAUACUUUGCUUAACCCAACAGGGUAAACAAAAGAGGAGGAGAAGCGAGCAGAUUGGCUUGGGGGGGCCCUGCCUAGAACACAGCCCCGGCACCGACCCAGUGAUGCGCUGUAUCCACUAGUCCUGAACAGAGAGACUUUCUUUGAUGAUGAUGAUAGCUGCUUGGGAGGGAAAGGGGCUUUAUUAAUAGCCAGGGCACAAGCUGUGCUUACACUUCGGCGUGAGUGGUAGGCAAAGGUGCCUAACCGCCGUGUCCACAGCGGCGAUCUCCUAAGUGGUGGUAUUAUCCUCUGCUCAUUGCUAGCCGCUGGCUUGUGAAGGUGCAUUAUUUUGAUGCAUUAUUAAUUGUUUUCCCGUGGAGAGCAAAGCUGGGAGAGGCUUAUUAUUAUUAAUAGCAGGCAGAUCGGCUGCUCCUUUUGCACGAGUGCAACGGGAAGGAAGGAAGGAAAGAGGGAGGGCUGGGAAAGCAGGCGGUGGCAGCAGCUCGCCCUUCGCCCGCACGCUGUGGGGUGGGCACCGGGCGCAGCCCACGCGACAAGCAUUAAAAACAAAAAAACAAAAAACCCCACUCAAAUCGCCUGGUAGAAAGUUCAGCGGGUCAAACAGCUUGUUCCCCUCUCGCCCCCCGCUUUGCCUCCGUGACCCCGAGCGGGCAGCGCUCCUCUCUCGGCCCCCCGCACCCAGGGCGGAGGCUGCCCCGGAACAGGCCCGGCAGGGCAGGGAGCGGGCGGUGCGCGCUGCAGCCCGUGAGCAGGACUGCCGGGCCGGGCCGGGCUCACCUCGCUGGUGGGGUGAGGCGCCAGCUGCCUCCUCCCAGCGGGGGUUGCUCUCCGCAAGGCACCCCCCCCCCAGCUGCGGGCAGAGCGAGAGGGCAAGUAAAGUUGCAGCAGCGGCGUCAGCGGCCCCACCCCGCGCCCUCCUCCCCGGUGGGCUUUGGCCGGAGCCGGGGAGAGCGCCGUGCACGGCCGCGGCCAGCCAUCAAGUGGCUCGUUAAGGAAAUGCAGUGCGCCCUGGGCCCGUGUGGAAUAGAGACACUGUUCUUCAUCUGACUGGCAGGAGAGGAAAGCGAAGACCCCUCGAGGUUUUCCAAAGAGGUCCGGGCUGGCUGCUUUAAGUGGGUCCUCUGUUCUGGAUUUUCCGUUUCUCUGUAAUUGACAAGUAAUGAGUGACUGAAUAUGACUGGGAAAACUUGAGGUGUCUUACACUUUUAAUCCUCCAGUCAGUGAUUGUCUUGGGAACAUAUUGUGGUAAACUGGUGGAAUAAAAGGAAGCUGCUCUCCUGGCCCUUGAUAAUCGAGUUAAGUGUUUGACUGACAGAAUGUUGGUGCCAGCAUUGGAAGAAUUGAUCAGCCUCAACUCCAGAUCUCUAUCCUGAGAGACAACAACAGGAUGUGCCUUGGAGAAGAGUCUCAGGGUGGAGAAUUUUUGAUUGAAUUCAGAACCUGCAAGCUCAGGGAGCUCCAGUUCACAAGGUUGAGGUGAGAAGUCCGGUGGACAUCAGCAGAUUCUGAAGAAACCAAAGCUCUGAAAAUACUUCAUCAGAAAUUUCAGACCGGACAGACUCAUAGUGGCUUCUGAGCCAGUGAGACUGAGGCUGCCAAAGCAUGCUGGUGCCAAGCUGUCGGAUGAUGCACGUAGCCAGGCCAGUGGUGGUGCUCCUGUGCUUUCUGCUUUCUGCUGAUGCUGAAACACCGCCAAAGUUUACAAGAACUCCCGUUGAUCAGACAGGGGUCUCUGGAGGAGUCGCAUCAUUCAUCUGCCAAGCUACAGGAGACCCAAGACCUAAAAUUGUCUGGAAUAAAAAGGGAAAGAAAGUCAGCAAUCAGAGAUUUGAGGUAGUAAUAGAAUUUGAUGAUGGAUCUGGAUCAGUUCUCAGAAUACAGCCUCUGCGGACUCCACGAGAUGAAGCUAUUUAUGAAUGUGUUGCUUCCAAUAGUGUUGGAGAAAUAAGUGUGUCCACUAGACUCACUGUUUUACGUGAGGAUCAAAUUCCUCGUGGUUUUCCCACCAUUGAUAUGGGCCCCCAGUUGAAGGUGGUCGAACGCACUCGCACAGCCACUAUGUUAUGUGCAGCCAGCGGCAAUCCUGAUCCUGAAAUAACUUGGUUCAAAGAUUUCUUACCUGUUGACACAAGCAACAACAAUGGACGUAUCAAACAAUUACGAUCAGAAUCUAUUGGUGGUACACCAAUAAGAGGUGCCCUCCAAAUUGAACUGAGUGAAGAAUCUGACCAAGGCAAAUAUGAGUGUGUUGCAACCAACAGUGCGGGUACACGCUAUUCUGCCCCUGCCAAUCUAUAUGUCAGAGAGCUGCGAGAAGUUCGCCGGGUCCCACCAAGGUUCUCUAUCCCACCUACCAAUCAUGAGAUCAUGCCAGGAGGGAGUGUUAACAUCACCUGUGUUGCCGUGGGGUCACCAAUGCCAUAUGUGAAAUGGAUGCUGGGGGCUGAAGAUCUGACGCCCGAAGAUGAUAUGCCAAUAGGGAGGAAUGUCCUUGAGCUUAAUGAUGUCAGGCAGUCUGCAAACUACACUUGUGUUGCUAUGUCCACCCUUGGUGUUAUAGAAGCAAUAGCACAGAUAACUGUCAAAGCCUUACCCAAACCUCCAGGAACUCCUGUGGUGACGGAAAGCACAGCAACAAGCAUAACGUUGACUUGGGAUUCUGGGAACCCUGAGCCAGUCUCUUACUACAUAAUCCAACAUAAACCUAAAAACUCUGAGGAACCGUAUAAAGAAAUUGAUGGGGUGGCUACAACGCGCUACAGUGUUGCAGGUCUAAGCCCAUAUUCAGAAUAUGAAUUCAGGGUAGUUGCUGUAAAUAAUAUUGGACGGGGCCCACCCAGUGAGCCAGUGUCAACAAGGACCUCAGAACAAGCACCAUCUAGUGCACCUCGCAGUGUACAGGCUCGUAUGUUGAGCUCAACUACAAUUUUAGUACAAUGGGAAGAACCUGAGGAACCAAAUGGCCAAAUUCAAGGAUACAGAGUUUAUUACACCAUGGACCCCACCCAACACGUCAACAGCUGGAUGAAACACAAUGUGGCUGACAGCCAUAUCACCACUAUUGGAAAUUUAGUACCACAGAAGACAUAUUCUGUGAAGGUUCUUGCUUUUACUUCUGUUGGGGAUGGACCCCUCUCUGCUGACAUUCAAGUCAUCACUCAGACAGGAGUCCCAGGGCAACCGCUGAACUUCAAAGCAGAACCUGAAUCUGAAACAAGCAUAUUACUUUCUUGGACCCCUCCCCGCUCUGACACUAUUUCCAGCUAUGAACUGGUUUACAAAGAUGGGGACCAGGGUGAAGAGCAACGUGUUUCUGUUGAGCCAACUACAUCUUAUCGCCUGCAAAGCCUGAAGCCAAACAGCUUGUACUACUUCCGUCUGGCUGCACGCUCUCCACAAGGCCUGGGUGCUUCAACUGCAGAAAUCUCAGCGAGAACCAUGCAGUCAAAGCCAUCAGCUCCUCCUCAAGACAUUAGUUGCACCAGCCCCAGCUCCACUAGCAUUUUGGUAAGUUGGCAACCUCCACCGGUGGAAAAACAGAAUGGCAUUAUCACAGAAUAUUCAAUCAAGUACAUUGGGAUUGAUGGGGAAGAUGACAAGCCCCAUGAAAUUUUGGGAAUUGCUUCGGACACUACCCAGUACCUUUUGGAACAGUUGGAAAAAUGGACUGAAUACCGGAUCUCUGUAACUGCCCACACUGAUGUCGGACCUGGCCCAGAGAGCUUAUCAGUAUUGAUUCGGACAGAUGAAGAUGUUCCUAGUGGUCCUCCUCGCAAAGUCGAGGUAGAGGCUGUCAACUCUACCUCUGUUAAAGUGUCAUGGCGCUCACCUGUACCCAAUAAGCAGCAUGGUCAGAUCCGAGGAUACCAGGUUCAUUAUGUGAGGAUGGAAAAUGGCGAGCCAAAGGGUCAACCCAUGCUGAAGGAUGUCAUGCUGGCUGAUGCACAGUGGGAAUAUGAUGAUACUGCUGAACAUGAAAUGAUCAUUUCUGGACUACAGCCUGAAACUACAUACUCCCUCACUGUGACAGCCUACACAACAAAAGGAGAUGGAGCACGUAGCAAGCCCAAACUAGUGUCUACCACUGGUGCAGUUCCAGGAAAACCUCGGCUUGUGAUUAGCCAUACACAGAUGAACACGGCUCUUAUUCAGUGGCACCCUCCUGUCGAUACCUUUGGCCCCCUGCAGGGUUACUGCCUGAAGUUUGGCCGCAAAGACUUGGAUGUGUUUACAACGCUGGAGUUCUCAGAGAAGGAAGACCACUUCACAGCCACAGACAUUCACAAAGGAGCUUCUUAUCUCUUCAGGCUUUCAGCUAGAAAUAAAGUGGGCUAUGGGGAGGAGAUGGUAAAAGAGAUUUCUAUUCCAGAAGAGGUACCCAAUGGAUUCCCUCAGAACCUCCACUCCGAAAGCUCCACCGCUACAUCAGUCCAAUUAACUUGGCAACCACCAGUCUUAGCAGAGCGAAAUGGCAUUAUCACCAAAUACACCCUGCUGUAUAGAGAUAUCAAUGUUGCACACCACCCAAUUGAGCUCCCCAUUGUUCCCGCCGAUACCACUAUGACACUUUCUGGCUUAAAACCAGAUACUACAUAUGAUGUAAAAGUACGUGCCCACACAAGCAAAGGGCCCGGUCCAUAUAGUCCAAGUGUCCAGUUCAGGACACUGCCCGUGGAUCAAGCAGUGUUUGCAAAAAAUUUUCAUGUAAAAGCAGUAAUGAAGACAUCAGUAUUGCUGUCUUGGGAGAUUCCAGAGAAUUACAAUUCUGCCAUGCCUUUCAAGAUUCUUUACGAUGAUGGAAAAAUGGUGGUUGAGGUGGAUGGUCGAGCCACUCAGAAACUUAUCACUAACUUGAAGCCGGAGACAUCAUAUUCCUUUGUUCUGACGAAUAGGGGGAACAGUGCUGGAGGUCUUCAGCAUAGGGUUACAGCAAAGACUGCACCAGAUGUACUGCGCACCAAGCCAGUCUUCAUUGGGAAGACCAACUUGGAUGGGAUGAUAACUGUGGAACUUCCUGAAGUACCUGCAAAUGAGAAUAUAAAAGGUUAUUAUAUAGUAAUUGUGCCUUUGAAGAAGUCUCAUGGAAAGUUUAUCAAACCAUGGGAAAGUCCGGAUGAAAUGGAGUUAGAUGAGCUACUUAAGGAGAUAGUUAGGAAACGCAGAAGCAUUCGUUUUGGGAGAGAAGUUGAAUUAAAGCCAUACAUUGCAGCUCACUUCGAAGUUCUUCCUACUGAGUUUACCCUGGGGGAUAAAAAGCAGUAUGGUGGCUUUGAGAAUAAGCAACUCCAAAGCGGUCAAGAAUAUGUCUUCUUUGUUUUGGCUGUAAUGGAACACUCUGAAUCUACCAUGUAUGCAACCAGCCCAUAUUCUGAUCCUGUUGUGUCAAUGGAUCUCGAUCCCCAGCCAAUUACAGAUGAAGAAGAAGGCUUGAUUUGGGUAGUAGGACCAGUUCUCGCAGUGGUGUUUAUCAUCUGUAUUGUUAUAGCUAUACUUCUUUAUAAAAGCAGUAAACCUGACAGGAAGAGGGCUGAAUCCGACUCUAGAAAAAGCAGCAUACCCAACAGCAAGGAAAUUCCUUCUCAUCAUCCCACAGAUCCAGUGGAGCUGCGACGCCUUAACUUUCAAACUCCAGGUUCAGGUGUCUCCGGUUACCCUGGUAACCUUCAUUCUCCAAGUAUGGCUAGCCAUCCUCCAAUACCUAUCUUGGAACUUGCAGAUCACAUUGAAAGAUUGAAAGCUAAUGACAAUUUGAAGUUCUCACAAGAAUAUGAGUCAAUUGACCCUGGCCAACAGUUUACAUGGGAGCAUUCUAAUCUGGAAGUAAACAAACCAAAGAAUAGAUAUGCAAAUGUAAUUGCAUAUGACCAUUCUCGUGUUCUACUUUCAGCAAUAGAAGGCAUACCUGGAAGUGACUAUGUCAAUGCCAACUACAUAGAUGGUUACAGAAAGCAGAAUGCUUACAUAGCAACACAAGGGGCUCUCCCAGAAACCUUUGGAGAUUUCUGGAGAAUGAUGUGGGAGCAACGGGGUGCAACUGUGGUCAUGAUGACAAAACUGGAGGAAAGGUCCAGGGUGAAGUGUGAUCAGUAUUGGCCAAGCAGAGGGACAGAGACCUAUGGGCUGAUCCAAGUGACCCUGCUAGACACUGUUGAAUUGGCAACAUACUGUGUUCGAACAUUUGCACUUUACAAGAAUGGUUCAAGUGAGAAAAGAGAAGUACGGCAAUUCCAGUUCACUGCCUGGCCUGACCACGGAGUUCCAGAACAUCCUACACCAUUCCUAGCUUUCCUACGACGAGUCAAAACUUGUAACCCUCCUGAUGCUGGACCUAUGGUGGUGCAUUGCAGUGCUGGAGUCGGCAGGACUGGCUGCUUCAUUGUAAUAGAUGCCAUGUUAGAGAGAAUAAAGCAUGAAAAGACUGUAGAUAUUUAUGGCCACGUAACUCUAAUGAGAGCCCAGAGGAAUUACAUGGUUCAAACGGAGGACCAAUACAUCUUUAUCCAUGAUGCACUGCUGGAAGCAGUGACAUGUGGAAAUACCGAAGUGCCAGCCAGAAAUCUGUAUGCAUAUAUUCAGAAGCUGACACAGAUAGAAACAGGAGAGAAUGUCACAGGAAUGGAACUGGAAUUUAAGCGUCUAGCUAGCUCUAAAGCUCAUACUUCAAGAUUCAUCAGUGCCAAUCUUCCAUGUAAUAAAUUCAAAAAUCGCCUUGUUAAUAUUAUGCCAUAUGAAUCAACGAGGGUAUGUUUGCAGCCGAUCCGAGGAGUAGAAGGCUCUGAUUAUAUCAAUGCCAGUUUUAUUGAUGGAUACAGGCAACAAAAAGCCUACAUAGCUACGCAGGGACCUUUGGCAGAGACAACUGAAGAUUUCUGGAGGAUGCUCUGGGAGCAUAACUCCACAAUCGUAGUCAUGCUUACUAAACUUCGAGAAAUGGGCAGAGAAAAAUGCCACCAGUAUUGGCCAGCAGAGCGUUCAGCCAGAUAUCAGUACUUUGUGGUGGAUCCCAUGGCAGAGUACAACAUGCCACAGUAUAUCCUAAGGGAAUUCAAGGUCACAGAUGCCAGGGAUGGCCAGUCCCGAACAGUGAGGCAAUUCCAGUUCACUGACUGGCCAGAACAAGGAGUGCCAAAGUCUGGAGAAGGAUUUAUUGACUUCAUAGGCCAAGUUCAUAAAACAAAAGAGCAGUUUGGUCAGGAUGGACCAAUCUCUGUUCAUUGUAGUGCAGGUGUUGGGAGGACUGGAGUAUUCAUAACCCUGAGCAUUGUGUUGGAAAGAAUGAGAUAUGAAGGUGUUGUAGAUAUCUUCCAGACAGUCAAAAUGUUAAGGACACAACGACCAGCCAUGGUACAGACAGAGGAUCAAUACCAGUUUGGCUAUCGAGCCGCACUGGAAUAUCUGGGCAGCUUUGAUCACUAUGCAACGUAAAACCCCCUGACCCAUCCUGGAUUUUUACUGCAGGCCCUUUAAGAUCCAGAGAGCCUCUUCUGAGCCAUACGGUGUGCUUGAGAAGUACUUCUUAACUCCUAGCUAAAGACCAAUUAGUGGGAAUAUUAAAAAAAAAAAACCACACACACACACACACACACACAACCCCAAGAACUAUUCCAGAUGGACCAAGAAUUCACAGUUUAAUAACCUAACCAGAAAUAUAAUAAAAGAAUCCUGACUGGUGAGGCGUCUGAAGGAUCUCAUUUACAGAUACCUCAAGGAUUCAACUUUGGUUGAAAUUAAAGGGAAGAGGAAAUUAUUGCAAAGAACCAUCAUCUUGUUCAGGAUUGCAUGAUUGUUGCAAAGAUGAAUCUUGAGAGUACUGCAAUUCAGUGCAAGAUGUUUGUUAAAAGGCCGGUACCUGGCUUCUUAAAACAAAAUGGACUCUUUGCUUCAGCAUCACCCCUUCCCGUCAUAAUGCUUAUAAUAACACUUUAGGGGAAAUGGGGGAAUGUUUAAAAAGGAAGUCCUUGAUUUAGUUUUUUAGUAUUGUAAAGAUACUGCUGACCUGUGCUUCAUUUUUAACUGUGUAAACUUUUUCCUUUUUUUAACAAGAGUUUAUUAUUUGAUGAAGUGAAUUUAAAAAAAAAAGUUGCAUAACUGUUCAUUUUUUGUUUCAGAAUUGUAGAUUUUUUGAAGCUGUAGAACUGUUAUCUGUAAUAUCUUGCUGUAGAAAUGUUAAAUCAUUUGAAAAUUUGCACAUUUUUGUGCAGUCCUAUAUUUAUCUACAGUACCACAUUCUUCUUAGAUAUUACAGUUUGGUUUAAUUUUUUUUUAAAGAAAUACUCUUAAUCAGUUAAUCAAAGUGGGGCUUUUUUUAUUUCUUUUGGAAUCAACAGGGAGGCGCAAAGUAUAAAGCUGCUACUAACACACACACACACACACACACACCGCUCUCUUUAUUAUUCUCUUUCUGUAUCUAUCUCUCUAUAUAUCUACAGAUAUGCAGACAGACAGGUAUAUACACACACAAAUAAAUAUAGAUGCAUCAGUUCUUCCAUGACUUGGAUUUAUUGAAGUGAUGGGAAAGUUUUCCAGAGUACUACAUUCAACCCAUAUGGUACUUUUUGAACAUCUCUGCAUUUACAAAGUCCAUAGCUUUUUGUUUAGAAGGGAAAUGAGGAAUGCACAUCAGUGAUAUUUGACCCUCACCCAGACUCAAAAAAAAAAGAUUAUUUAUAUACACACAGUCCCACAAAGACACACACACACAUUAUGUGGUUGAGGCUUCGAAUGAAGUACAAUAUUUGUAACACUAUAGUGCAAUAACAAACCAUAUUAUUAAGUAUAGGAGGUGUGCAUGUGGAAAAGGUCAGUGCAUAUCCCUUUAGGAGGGGAGAAUGUUGUAAUAUACUAACUAUCAAGAUGUUUAAAAAGUGUAUUCAGUCAUAUAUUGUCUAUAGUAUGUGCUAUGAAAUUUGCAUUUAUGAUGUGUAACAGGGCAAAGCCAAACUCAUGUUGCUCUGUUAAUAAAUUAGAAAUAUUUUGUGGCAUACAGUAUUAUUUAGAGAUGCUGGUUUUUAUUUUUAUUUCACAUUUAGAGUGCCUUAUAUUUGAUGCCUAUUUUGACAGCAUUUCUUUAAGUUUUGUUGUGUCCGUAUUUACAUUAGUUAAUUCAUAUCUUUGUUACUCUUUUCAAUUAAAGCAUUAUCUUUUUAGCACAUGUACAAAAAUACUUUGAAUACUACGCAUUCCUGGUUUUUAACCGAGUAUGGGAUGUUAAUAAAUGCAAGCCCAAAACACUUGGGUAGUCAGGGCCCUUUAUCCUUUCAUAACUCCAACAACAGACAUGCCCACUACUUUCAGGUUCCUUCCAAAUUGGCUCUCAUAAACCACAGCGUUGAUGACUGCAGUAUUGCCAUUGCGGAGGUGUAGGACUGCACUAGUAGUAAGUCGUAGUUGUUGUUAGCAGUACUCAUGCAUCAUUCCUUUCAUUUUGGGCCAAAUCCUGCUUGCUGUGCACAUGUCAAUGGGCCCAUUGAAGUCAAAUUAUUGGUUGCAGUGGGACUGUUAGUAUGGGUAAGGCAAGCAGGAUUUAGCCCUCAGAGUAUGUUUUAAAAUGACUUUAGAUUUCCAUUUGAGAGAAAAAAAUUCUUUAACCAAUGCAAAAUAUUUUCUGAGACUCUAUAUGAAGCCAUUUACAGUGGCCCAGGUCUCUGUCAUGCCUUGUACCAUGUUAACACACACAAAUCAAAGGAACUCUUUCUUUCAGGUGUCAGAUAAGAACCAUUCAUAUAGUUCAGCUAUGUUGGUGUAACAUACAGGAUUUUUUUUCUUCCAUAUUUCCCAUCAAUAGUAGAAAGACAGGUAUGAAAGACCAAACACGAGCAAGCAUUGUAUUUGAGCACUUUUGUAAAAAAAAAAAAACUAAACAAAUAUAAAUAUAUAUAUAAUAAUUAAUAAUAAAAGUAUUAUAGAAGGCUACCUCAAGAAUGAGAUUCUAUAACUUAUAU